AUGACAGACUCUCAGGACUCUGAUCAGCGCAUCGUCAAUUGGCUUUUCACAAUUCAGAACUCCUUGCCUACUGAUCCAUCUCCACCUCCAGGCCCCAGCUCGAAGAAAGACGCCCUCGAGGACAUCACAUAUAAGCAUCCUGCGAAGCGCCUCUUGUCGCCUCCAAUGACAGAGGACGGUGGCUCACUUUCUAAACGGCCCCGGCCGGACCCCAAUGCAACUCCACGUAGGACGUUACCGUUAAGGCGAGGUGAUUCAAUAUCAUUGUCGUCGUCCGGAGUCAGCGACGCAAACUCCGAAUCAAUGCAUAAACGGGUCCGAACUGCUAGAAGUGGCAACAGCAGCCCAACAAAGAGGGGAAUUUCUGCUAUGCGUAUGGACGGGCUCAUCACUCAUCCGUCGUUUGAUGGCUCCGAGCCACUUCCCGAUGCCCUUGAUAACAUAGUGCAAGAUAUAAAGCGUGAUAGCGGUGGCUUCGAUAUCAUGACUGCUGCAGAUAAGAUCGAGUUUGAAAAAAGAGCGAGUGCAGGCGGGAAUCACGUACAUUUAUUUCAGAAAGCUCUCAAGCCAGAUCCGGUGGAUAAGUCAGGGGUUAGAGAGGCCUUGGGCAGACUCCCACCUGUGGACGCUCUCGUCGAGACAUGGCAAAAGGCCGAGAGGUGCCAAAACCAUAGCCAUUCUGAAGCAGGUUGGAAUUGCGCCGUGCAUUAUCCUUUGAUGGAGUUGGCGCUUAAGUACGCCAAUGUCACUACACAUGCGACUGCGGACGUUACUGCAAACCAAGAAGAGAUCUUGAUUGACGUUAUUAAUGCCACGACUGCACAGAUCUCCCCUAUGUAUGCUCCAAAUACAUUAGCCAUGCAGCACAAGAAGAGAGUCGACUUUUGUUUCAUGGUCGAGUCAAUCGAGAAAACCAAAGCAGCAACUUGCCUCUCCGACAAAUCACUACUCUCACCAAACGAUUCCGUCAAUCAUACAGACUUUGUUCCACUUCGUGCCUGCCCUAUCAGCGUGAGCAUCGAGACAAAACUCACCGGUGAAGAGUGGCAAUCCGCCAUGGCACAACAGACUGUAUGGCUCUCGGCUCACUGGAACUGCCUCGACCGACUCACAGGCGACUCUAAGGUCGCGCGUGAUGAGCUAUGCUUCUUACCGGCGAUUAUCGUGCAAGGGCAUGACUGGACAUUCCUGGCUGCAACAAGGGGCGAAAUGAUCGAGGGGAGGAAUGAUAGGCAGACUAUAAUCUGGAAUAAGAUAGGCUUCGGGUCGACUACUGGACUGAAGGGGAUAUGUCAGAUCAUCAAAGUUCUGCAGAGGCUAGCGCUGUGGUCACAAAGGACGUAUUGGCCUUGGUUUAGGAAGUACGCCAUGAAUAAUCUUGAAGGAUAG